AUGCUGAAUUCAACUGUACUGAUCACAAACACCUGGUGGGCACAAAAUCAUAGGCCUAUACUAUCUACUCUGUUUCGACGUUUCCCCGUCCAAUGCCAUUUCUCCUCAAACUUUUCACCUGAGGCAUCGCAUUAUAUACAGGAGGACUAUGAUGAUUUUUUGCCGUGGUUGGAACGCAAGGCUGGGACGAGAAUUUCUUCUGUACUUUCAAUUGGAAAAUCUGCUUAUGGAAGGUCAUUAUAUGCUUCUAAAUAUAUUCGAACUUGGGAUUGCAUAUUGGAGGUUCCUUAUAGUGUGCAACUAUCCAAGGAUAAUCUUCCUCCAGACAUUGCUUCUUCGUUAGGAAGUGAAGUUAGUAAUGUUGCCAAAGUUGCUCUACUCAUUCUGUAUGAGCAGAAGUUGGGUCAGAAUUCUGAAUGGUUCCCUUAUAUCAGUCGGCUUCCUCAGCCUGCAGAUAUGCAUAGCACGAUACUCUGGAGAGAUGAUGAGUUGGAGAUGAUUCAACCGAGUGCUUUGUAUGAGGAAACAACUAGACUAAAGGCUCAAAUGGAGAUGGAUUUCUGCGCAGUUAAAGUGGCUUUUGAUCACUUCCCUCAUGUUUUUGGAGAUGUAAAACUACAGGACUUCGCUUAUGCUUAUGCUUUAGUUACAUCUCGCGCAUGGGAAAGCUCAAAGGGUGUAUCCAUGAUUCCUUUUGCAGAUUUUCUUAAUCAUGAUGGCACUUCGCAAUCAUGUGCUUUGAGUGACGAAGGCAAACAACAUUCAGAGGUUAUUGCUGAUCGUGAUUAUGCUCCAGGCGAUCAGGUCCUGAUAAGGUAUGGAAAGUUUUCUAAUGCUACACUCUUGUUGGACUUUGGCUUUACACUUCCUCACAACAUAUAUGAUCAGGUUCAGAUUGAGCUUAACGUGCCACAUCAUGACCAACUUUGUGUAAUGAAGUUGAAACUUCUGCAUAGAUAUCAAGCACCGAGCAUAAAAGAUGUUAAUGUGUUCAGCUCUUCUGGCAACUCCUUCACAAUCAAGGAAGUGCAGGCUGCCAGUAGAAGAGGGAGGGGUAUCCCACAAUCACUUCGUGCAUUUGGUCGCAUUCUGAUUUCCGAUUCCCAGCAAGAAUUAAAUGCUUUGGCAAAGGAAGCUGAACAACAUGAUGGUCGGCUGGCUCGCCAUCCUUUGAAGAACAAGAGAAGAGAGAUUGAAGCACAUCAAUUGUUGCUUUCAAAAAUAGCUAAAUUAAUUGAAGAAUAUGAUGCAUCUAUCAAGUCACUGGGGUCAAUGCCUCGUGUGUACGGUAAAGGUUCUCUAAGGAGGCAGUUAGCUCGAGAUCUUCUUACUGGUGAACUUCGUGUCCUACAAUCUGCUUCUGCAUGGCUGAAAAAUUAUUGUGUGACCUUAUCAAGUGACUGA